AUGCAUCUUCUUUCGACCUUGUUCCUCGUCAUACAGUGUCUACAUGCCCUAGCGAACGUGGAGAAGACAAUCUUCACGGCUCCUGAACACGUUCCAAUACCAAGAGAUGCUGCGAUUGAUAACCUUCUUCUAUACUCACUGAAUCCUGCUAGACUCAAGAUACGAAAGUACUUGAACGCCUCGUUCCCAUCGGACGACAAGCCGCAUGGCGAAGAAUCAUGGGCUCUGCUCGAAGGUCUGAGGCCAGGGCAGCGAUACGAACUUCGGGUUUGCUGGCUGGCCACUCAACCUACAGUGUUCCGACUCGACACAUAUACGAUGGCCGAGAGUUUCGAAACGUCUGGCUUGAUUUCCUCGCUCAGCACCUAUUCGUACUCACGACGUGAUGCCCUAGCUGAAUCUGAUGUCAACGAGCUGGUAGCCUCGAAAUACGUGCCGAGCGCUGGCGCUGAUAACACUAGUCUCCUUUUCUUACGAAUACAGGCCGCCGCAGACUAUUUUAGUCUCAACAAGACGCUGAUGGAGAUCGUACCGCCUGUACACGUCGAUCUGAUCCUCGAUCCAUAUCUCUUGAACGUCUUUCCACGAUCCCUUGUGCCAACCGCAAUCUACAUCGCCAUCAUCGCUUUCUUCUCGUGGUUCCUGGCGGACCGAAGCAAUGGUGUGGAAAGAGCGUCAGCUAGAAAAAAGCUUCUGUAA